AUGGAUCAAUCUCGAGCUGUGAACGCCCUCGCUUCCUACCUGGCCCUCGCCAAAUCCGUGACAGCUCCUCGAGCUGCGGCAGAUAUCAUAACCCAAGCCACAUCCGCCCUGAACACCUAUGUGUUUGCCGAACUGCUCCACUGCCAGUCAAUACAGGGUCUCCAAGGGACGCAGUAUGAAGGUCAUCUACGCCUGCUGGAGCUGUUUGCAUGGGGAACUUUAGCGGAGUAUCAAGAGAAAGCUACUACCCUCAACCUCCCCUCCCUCUCCGACCAGCAGACACGCAAGCUCCAACUAUUGACCCUCCUCUCAUCAUCCCACCGACAUUCCUUUCUCACCUACCCCGCUCUCCUUCACUCCCUCUCCCUCUCCUCAAUCCGAGACCUCGAAGACCUCGUCAUUGCCGCAAUAUACGAAGAUCUCCUCGACGCGAAGCUCGACCCGGCUUCCCAGCGCGUGAUAGUCAGUUCCGCCAGCUGCUGCCGCGAUCUGCGACCGGGGAGCUUGGGCGGUGCACCUCCCGGCACGGAGGCGAUGGACGUGUCCAACGACACGGCGACGCCCUCAACGAUCACCCCACAAGACACCAUCGAAGUCAUGAGCGAACUCACCGCGUGGCGCGAGCGCACGCAAUCGGUAACCACGAAGCUGGAAUUGGAGAUUCGGGCGGUCAAGGUCGCGGCGGCGCGGAGGCAGGAGGCGGAAAUGGCACGGAAGGUGGCGGUGAGUGAGAAGAUGGCGGCAUUGGAUCGGGAAGUGGAAACGCGUCGGUUUGGGAAGACGAAGGCGAAGGCGCGGAAGGCGGGGGAGGGGAUGGAGUUGGAUGACGUGGACGAGGGGAUGGAAGUCGAUGCGAGGGAGACGGAGACGGCGAGAGGGGGGUUCAAUGCAAGAGGGGGGAGAAAAAUGCGGGCAAGGGGCAGAUGA